CUUCCUAAAUAGCAGUAUUAAUGAACGCUUCUCACCGUUUUCAUAAUUUGUUCUUUCUCACUCACUUUUUCAUUAAUAAAUCUCUUCGCUUUUUAUUAUCAUCACUUUUAAAACAUGCCUACUGGACAUCACAAAUCGUUGAAGAGAAAAGUCCACGGCAUCGUCGAUCAAAUCAGCGAUGAUUUCUCCGAUUUCUCUCUUUCUUCUCCCGCCACCAAGAUUCGCCGCCUCCAUGGUGAGUUACCUCCGAUUGUUGAAGAACAUGAACAAGAAGAACACGAACCGCUUCCAAACGAGGAAAGAGCUCUUGUGCUUUUUAAACCCUUUCUUCCUCAUUCCCCUGAUUAUAAUAAUUCCUCUUUCUCUCUCACUCUCAAUUCUGACCUAAUCUCUCAAAUCAAGACCAAUCAAGUUUCGUGGUCAAAACAAUGUGAUUAUUCUUCUGAUUACUGUGAUCCUCUAAAAAUAGAAGAGCAGGAACAAAACGACGACAGUGAUAAUUGUCGUUUAGCUAUUGUGCCUUGGGUACAGCAACAACAACACUUACCCUCUUGUUCCGACAGUUUUGAUGAUUCUGAAGAUAAUGACAACACAGAUACAAUAGAAUUGAUGGAAGCUGAUGAAGAAGGAGUUAUGAUGGAUGUAGAAGAACAAGACUGUGACAAUGCUUAUAAUAACUCUACAACAAUGUUUAUGGUGUCAGAGGGGUUUCAACAACACUGUUUGUUACCUCAUAUUCCUCAAAACAAUUCAACUCCCAUCACUUGGACUCGUUGAAAAUCUCUCAUUAUUAUUAUUACUAGUUAGAUUACACUAGACAGACUACUAGAGAUUAGAUUUUAGUUUUGCUGAGAAAAAAAAAAUGGGUUUUUGCUUUAGCUUCUUCACCAAGGGAUGGAUUGGGGGAAGCUGGUCAAUGUCUAUAAUAGUGACCAAGAUGGGAAUGGGAUGAUGGGGUUGCUUGUACUUUUUCCUAAAGACCCUUCAAGUAACAAAGAUAGAUAUCAAUGUUUUAUUUUUGUUUCGUCUUCUA